CCCCCCCAAUUUGGCAUGUCAUUUUGAGGGAGCGGGUACCUAGUUUUAACAGUCAAGGCACCCUUUAAAACUAUGGACAGUCUUGAGGCACCCUUUAAAAUUAUGGACAGUCCCGAGGCACCCUUUAAAAUUAUGGACCGUCCCGAGGCACCCUUUAAAAUUAUGGACAGUCUUGAGGCACCCUUUAAAAUUAUGGACAGUCUUGAGGCACCCUUUAAAAUUAUGGACAGUCUUGAGGCACCCUUUAAAAUUAUGGACAGUCUCGAGGCACCCUUUAAAAUUAUGGACAGUCUCGAGGCACCCUUUAAAAUUAUGGACAGUCUCGAGGCACCCUUUAAAAUUAUGGACAGUCUUGAGGCACCCUUUAAAAUUAUGGACAGUCUUGAGGCACCCUUUAAAAUUAUGGACAGUCUCGAGGCACCCUUUAAAAUUAUGGACAGUCUCGAGGCACCCUUUAAAAUUAUGGACAGUCUCGAGGCACCCUUUAAAAUUAUGGACAGUCUCGAGGCACCCUUUAAAAUUAUGGACAGUCUCGAGGCACCCUUUAAAAUUAUGGACAGUCUCGAGGCACCCUUUAAAAUUAUGGACAGUCUCGAGGCACCCUUUAAAAUUAUGGACAGUCUCGAGGCACCCUUUAAAAUUAUGGACAGUCUCGAGGCACCCUUUAAAAUUAUGGACAGU